AUGGGUUUUGAUAUUCUUAAGUCAAUCAGACCUGUUCUAGAACUUAUGCCAAACGUUCCACGUCCAAACAAGAAGGUCCCAAUCCGCAAGCGUCUUUUCUAUACAUUCGCUUCUUUGGCCGUAUAUUUGAUCUGCACACUUGUUCCACUUUAUGGCGUACAAAAGACAGCAGGUGAUGACCCAAUGCAACACCUCCGUAUCCUUACAGCUUCUUCUAAGUACUCUCUUAUGGAAUUCGGUAUUUCCCCAAUCGUUACAUCAGGUAUGAUCCUUCAGUUCCUCUGCUCAUUCGGUCUCAUCAACAGAAACCCAUCUGAUCCAGAAGCAUCCGCUCUUUUCGAUGCUGCUCAGAAAUUAGCCGGUAUCAUUAUGACAGCUUUCCAGGCUGGUAAUGCUAUCUGGUCCGGCGAAUACGGUAUCCGUGGCGAAAUCGGCUUCGUCAAUGCUGCUCUUAUCAUGACACAACUUGUUUCAUCCGCUAUUGUUGUCAUUCUUCUUGAUGAACUUUGCCAGAACGGCUAUGGUAUCGGCUCCGGCAUUUCCCUCUUCAUUUGCACAAACAUCUGCGAAAUGAUCAUGUGGAGACUCUUCUCAUUCAACCAUUACUCUAUGGGCCGCGGAACAGAGUACGAAGGCCUUGUCAUUGCUUUCUUCCACUACCUCUUCACACGCAAGAACAAGCUACGCGCACUCCGUGACAUCGUUUUCCGCCCACAAUUACCAAAUCUUUGCCAAUUAUUCUCAACAGUCAUUGUUUUCGGUGCCUGCAUCUACUUCGACCAGAUCAAGAUCAACGUUGGCCUCGAAACAACAGUCAACCGUGCCCGUCCAGAGCCAUUCGAGAUCAAGUUGUUCUAUUGCUCCAACACACCACUUAUCAUCCAGUCUACAAUCCUUUCCCAGCUCGCUGGCUUCUCCCGCACCAUCUACUUCCACUGGCCAGAGUCUCUUGCCACACAAAUCUUCGGUGUCUGGCGUUCACACAACGGAAUGUCCUAUGACUACUCCACACCAGUUUCCGGCCUUAUCUACUACUUGACAGCACCACAGUCAAUCCAGCAAACAAUCCACGACCCACUUCAUACAAUUAUUUACCUCAUUUUCUCUCUUUCAUCCGCCGGCUUCAUCUCAUACUACUACCUUAGAUUCUCCAACCAGGCACCAGCUGAUGUCGCUGAAGCCCUCAAGAAGCAGCACCUUACACUCAAGGGACACAGAGAAGACCAGAAGAGACUCGAGAAGACACUUUCUCGCUACAUCCCAACAGCUGCAGCUCUCGGUGGUAUCCUUGUCGCUCUCCUCUCAUUCGUCGCUGACUUCUUGUCCGCAUUCGGAUCUGGAACAGGUAUCAUCCUCGCUGUUUCUAUCAUCAACCAGUUCACUGCUGAACUCUCCAAGGAAAUGGCUGGUGACGGACUCAUCGGUAUCCUCAAGAACGCCGCUGGUGCGCGCUAA